CUCGGCUCAAUCCCUCCACGAACUCCUCACAACCUGCUCUCAACCGCUGUCCGACCUGAAACCACCCUACAGUAUCCAGCAGACAUAGCAUGAGCUCGCAAUCCUCCAACCUCCGCCGCACCUCGUCUAUCGGACCCGAUCCGCUCUCCGCCCCCCAUAUCUACUAUGGCCAGUCCCACAAGCGGGGCGACAGGACCCGCACCUAUUCUGCCAUCCUAGACAAGCAGAGCCGCAGCCAGCAGCUUCCCUCACGGAGAAUCAGCCACGAUGAGGUCUCCAUCCAGCCCCGAAAGUUUGUCGUCGACGUAGCAGCAACCCUCGCCUUGCUGUUAGCACAGGAGGACACCGACGGCAAUAUGCAGAUUACAAUUGACGACCAAGGGCCAAAGGUGUUCUCGGUUGGGUCGUCCAGGUCCAACGGCUUCAACAAAUUCGACAUCCGUGGUGCCUACAUGCUCGCCAAUCUCCUCCAGGAGCUUACCUUGGCGCAAGACUAUGGCCGAAAGACCAUCGUUUUGGACGAGGCGCGUCUGAACGAGAAUCCAGUCAACCGCCUGUCCCGCCUGAUAUCCACCGUUUUCUGGGACGGUUUGACACGUCGAAUUGACGGCUCAAACAUCGCCAAAGUAGGCCAGGACCCAAAGGACUGGACACCCGACCCCCGCCCCAGAGUCUAUGUCCCGAGAGGCGCCCCUGAGCAAUACGAAUACUAUACUAGGGUUGCCGAGGAGCAUCCUGACAUGCGGCUUGAUGUGCAAUGGCUUGCAGAGGACUGCGAUGCUGAUGAUUACGUCAGGGAUCUGAAUGAUGCACCCGGAUUACUCGCUAUUGCCAUGGAGGAAUAUGAAGACCCAAAGACGGGAAAAACUGACCUUCGCGGUCUCCCUUUCGUCGUCCCUGGUGGACGAUUCAACGAGUUGUACGGCUGGGAUAGUUAUAUGGAAUCUCUGGGCUUAUUGAUUAACGACAAAGUGCAUCUCGUCAAGUCUAUGGUCACUCAUUUCUGUUUCUGCAUCAAACAUUACGGAAAAAUCCUCAAUGCCAAUCGGACAUACUAUCUAUGCCGCUCCCAGCCGCCUUUCCUUACCGACAUGGCCCUCCGUGUGUUUGAGCGAAUCAAGCACGAGCCUGGCUCACUGGAUUUCCUUCGAGAAGCUGUGCUUGCCGCCAUCAAAGAGUAUCACAGCGUCUGGAUGGCCCAUCCGCGACUUGACCCGGCUACAGGCCUGUCGAAGUACUGUGCUGGUGGUAUUGGCGUGCCGCCAGAGACAGAAGCUUCUCAUUUCGAGCAUCUCCUAGAGCCAUAUGCAAAGAAACAUGGCAUGACGUUCACCGAGUUCGUCAACGCGUACAAUCAUCGAACUGUGCUCGAGCCGGCGCUCGAUGAGUACUUUUUGCAUGACCGCGCUGUGAGAGAAUCCGGACAUGACACAUCCUACCGUCUGGAGAAAGUGGCGGCUCAUCUUGCGACUGUGGAUCUGAAUGCACUUCUCUAUAAGUAUGAAACCGAUAUCUCUCGAAUUCUCCGCGCCCAUUUCGACGACAAGAUGGUCAUGCCUGCUGAGUUCUGUGCCAAAGGCAUGGCUGCGAAUUACGUCGAGACUUCUGCAGCUUGGGACCGCCGCGCGAGGAAGCGACGUCUAGCUGUCGAUAAGUAUCUAUGGAACGAGGAGAAAGGAAUGUACUUCGACUAUAACACGGUCAAGAAAGAGCAAACAGGGUAUGAGAGUGCCACAACUUUCUGGCCGAUGUGGUCCGGUCUCGCCACGCCCCGACAAGCAGCAGUGCUCGUCGAUCAAGCGCUGCCGAAAUUUGAAGUCUUUGGAGGACUUGUUUCCGGUACAGAGGAAUCCCGUGGUCGCGUAGGGCUUGACCGUCCUAACCGACAAUGGGACUACCCAUUUGGGUGGGCUCCUCAGCAGCUGCUUGCUUGGGUCGGACUCCAGCGCUACGGAUAUGAGGUUGAAGCUCAGCGCUUGGCCUACCGAUGGCUUUACAUGGUCACAAAAGCUUUCGUCGACUUCAACGGCGUUGUGGUUGAGAAGUAUGAUGUCACCCGCCAAAUCGAUCCUCACAAAGUCGAGGCAGAAUACGGGAACCAGGGUAGUGAUUUCAAAGGGGUUCCCCGUGAAGGGUUCGGCUGGGUCAACGCCAGCUACAUCUACGGACUGUCCCUCAUGAACAACCACAUGAAGCGUGCGCUGGGCGCCAUGACUACUUACGACACAUUUGUCAGGGCCACCGAGGCUUUGGGCCUCGACUAGAAAAGAGCUCUCAUCUUAGAAGGCUCAUUGCCUAUUGAUACCCCGGCAUCGAGCAAUCUCGCAGGUAAUGAACCUACUGCCAGAUUGCUCAUAGAAUUGCGUGUGCUUUUUCCUCAUUCUUCUUGUCACCCUCCUUUCGGCUUGAUCUCAAUGAUCCUAAUGACUGUUCUGUUGCGACUUUGUGGUAAUGGCUCUCGGGCGGAUGACUUUUGGCAUCCUCUGGCGAAUCGGGUUAUUGUGAUGCUUCACUUCCUCGAAAAAGGCCUGAG